AACCGUGAAAUUCCACUCUUCGAUGGUCAAUGCCCAGAGAGAGAGAGAGAGAGAGAGAGAGAGUAGCGAAGCCAAUGGAUCAUGAGCCUUGGAUUCCUCCUCCUCACCCUGCGUGUUCUUCUUCGUCUUUGGUUUCAUAGAUUCAAGAGUGGAAAUCUCAGCUCGUGCUUUAGUUUGAUGUUGAUUUCUUGGAGAAAGUUUGGAAUCAAGUGGGGAAUUUCUUAGAUUUGGAAAAUUUCCAAGUUUGGUUGGAGAUUGGAGGAAAAACCGUCGAAAAAUUCCAGCUUUUUGGGGAUUUGGAGAGUUUUACAAGGAAACUGGAUGAUUGAUUUGGUUCGAGGUUGGUCAUGGUGGAACUCGUUGUUGGGUUUGGAUUUUAGUGCUUUUAGGGAUUGGAGGUGAGAAAAGAAGACGAAGAAGAAAAAAAAAAAUCAGAUCUUUAGUGCUGUUGAAGAUAUUCAGAUGGGGGUUUUGAUUGGGGGAGUGGAGAAGGGUAAAUCCCUUGGUUUGGUUUGAUUUAGGCGUUAGAUCCUGGUUUUUUCAGUGUGUUUUGUGUGUUUUUUAGUGACUUUGUUGAUUUGUUCUGGAAUUGAUGGGAAUGGAUGGGAAUGCAGCUCUUCUUACUGUUGAGAAUGCAAUUAAAGCUCUGGGCAGGGGAUUUGAUGUGAAUUAUGAUACAAGAUUGCUUUACUGCAAGGGAACUUCAGGUUCCAGAGUUGUUCAUGUUGAUGAAGAGCAUACCAGAGAUUUGCCAGUUCUUGAUGGCUUGGUCAUUCCCAAUGUCCCUAGGGAUGUUAGAUGCUCGCAAGACAUCUCUGGGCCUUAUCGGGAGCUGACCGGAGCUUGCAGCUUCAAUGAGAUGGCAGAGUAUUUUAGCAGGAAAGCUCUUCUAUCUGGUAAUACUCCCUUAGGAAGCUUUAAUUCAGCAUUCAGUUUUACUGGUUCAAAAAAGAUUGAUGCUGGAGCUACUAAAAACCUUGCAAUGGAUGGAAUAGUCAUUCUUUUAUGUAAAGUUUUGCUGGCUAAGCAACCGUCAUCGUUACUAGAAAAUGUCAAACGUGCUGUCCCGACUUCAUGGGAUCCAUCUUCUUUAUCAAGUUUCAUUGAGAAUUACGGCACUCAUGUUAUCACAUCUAUCAAGAUUGGCGGUAAGGAUGUAAUUUAUGUCAAGCAACACAGUUCAUCACCAUUGUCAACCAUGGAGAUCAAAAACUACAUUCAGGACAUUGGAGAUCACAGAUUCUCUGAUUCUGAAAACCAUACAAGUUUCGGUCCAAUGGAAUUGAAGAAUAAGGCUGCAGAAUCUUUUACAUUUAACAGUCAAGGGAUAUACCCACAACCACCAACUGCACCGUAUCUUACUGCAAAGGAGGAUGUUACAGUCAUCUUUAGGAGGAGGGGAGGUGAUGAUCUCAUUGAGAAUCACAUUCAGUGGGUAAGAACUGUCCACUCAGCACCAGAUGUUAUUGAGAUGGCCUUCUUCCCGAUCACUUCACUCCUUGAUGACAUUCCUGGAAAAGAACAUCUAAUCCGCGCCAUCAACCUUUAUCUCGAAUAUAAACCGCCGAUUGAUGAGUUACGAUAUUUCUUAGAGUUUCAGGUUCCUCGAUUAUGGGCGCCGAUCAUAGACUCACUACCCGGGCAUCAAAGAAAGGAGCCAGUCUGCCCAUUUCUGCAGUUCAGCAUGAUGGGACAGAGACUUUAUGUGAGCCAAGAUCAGGUAUCUGUUGGCCGCAAGCCUGUUACCGGACUCCGAUUGUGUUUGGAAGGAGUCAAGCAGAACCGGCUUUGCAUUCAUGUUCAGCAUUUGGCUUCUCUCCCAAAGAUCCUCCGACCUUACUGGGACACCCACAUUGCAAUCGGUGCGCCAAACUGGCAAGGACCAGAGGAGCAGGAUAGUCGUUGGUUCGAGCCUGUAAAAUGGAAGAACUUCUCCCAUGUAAGUACAGCUCCAAUCGAGAAAAAUGAGACCUUCUUCGGUGACCUCUCCGGUGUCUUCAUUGUCACCGGAGCGCAGCUCGGCGUGUGGGACUUCGGAUCAAAGAAAGUUCUAUACAUGAAGCUCCUUUACUCGAAGAUCCCCGGUUGCACCAUACGAAGAUCCUUAUGGGACCAUAGUCCAAAACCAUCAGUUUUGGAUCCCGGAAGCUCCGCCGAACUAAGCUCUGUUCCAUCCGGAACUCUGUCAAAAUUUAUCAACACGUCCGAGAUGGGCAAAGGUCCCGACGACAUCCCGGGCCAUUGGUUGGUGACAGGAGGAAAGCUCAGAGUUGAGAAAGGAAAAAUCUCUUUGAGAUUGAAGUAUUCAUUGUUGAAUUACUAAAACGAUACGAAUACCUUUUCUUUUGUUCUUCCUAUGUGAUUGUGUAUUGAUUGAUAAAAUAGUCAUAUUAGUGUACUUAAAAAUCAUGUUGAGCAACGAGAGUUUAUUCUACUUUAUAA